AUGUCUAGGCCGAGAAACUCUGCGAUCUUUGCCAUAAGAGAGUUUGCGAAACGAGGAGAGCGGUCAGAGAAGAAACUCUUUUUUGGUCAUGCCUUUGCCAGAGUCGCGCGAAAAAAUUAAUUUUUUAUGAAAGAUUCUUCUCUAUUAUAUGGAGAAAAAAAUGUGUUUCAGUCCCUUUUGGCCGAACAAAAAUGUUUUUAGACAUAAAAAUUCUUCGUUUGCCCUUCUUUUCAGACUUUACUGCCGAAAAAUACGUCCGCAGUAACAAAAAAUCCCCAUUUUUUCUUUCAAAAAACAAAUGAUUAGUUAUUUCUAAAAUUACAAAAAAGAAUUUGUCAUCAUUUUUUUCUUCUGGGAAUUGCAAAAAUAUCCGGAAAAGCAAAAUAAAUUUUGAUGUUUCAUUAUCCCAUUUUCCCAUAUUUUUUGCAUUGAUAAAACCUUAAUUUUGUCUAUUAAAAUGGGGAAUUUUGGAUUGCGAUAACUGAGGAAUUUAUUAAAUGACUGUUCAUUGGCCUUUUCAUACUUUGAUCUUAUUAAUUUUUUUUCCAUUUUCCCCCACAUGAACACGACCUUCUCCAUGGCGAUCCGUUUUGUUUGUUCGGCGGUUUGCGUCCCCCCGAGUUUGUGAUCAACCUUUUUUCCGCGGGUUUUAUUUGAUGAUAUGGUAUUUGGAGAGGCUUAGGGACAGUCCUAAUUCUUAGUUGUGCAAUUGCAAGGGGUCAAAGAAUUUUUUGAGAAGGAAGUGGGGAAAUGAUAAUGUUUAGCAAAAAGUCGAAAAUUGUAGGGUUUAUCUCUGACCGCACACCGCGUUUUUGUUUGCAAUUGUGGCUACCAGAGAUUGCCACGGUCAAAAUUUCGGCUCCGGUUCCGGCUCUGAGCUCCCAGAGCCGGAGCCAAGGUCCAAUUUGCAGCUCCGGCUCCGGCUCCCAUGAAAAACUUAAAAAGGUCUGUGGCUCCGAAUCCCGGCUUCCGUGCAAAAAAAAUUUUUUGAAAUAUACUCCCCGUACAAUGUUUUGACCCCCCUCCUAACUCCGUCCAAAGUGUACUAAUUCGGACCAAAUUUCCUAUGUAGUGUACUCACAGGCUAGUAACAAAAAAUAACAUAGCAGGACAUACCUUAUAGUUGAAUUUCAAAAUCUAGAGGCAAUUUUCAAAAAUCACCUUAAAAAAUCGAGGAAAAAGUUUUGACCCCCCUUAAAAAACGUUUGAUAUCGCCAGCGGAUGCCACGCAAACCUAUUGUAAUCGACGUCCCAUACCUGAAUACAGGUUAAUAUAUGGUUUUCCGUUGAAUGCUUCGUUGCAUUUGAGGAUUCAACGGGUUAAACCGUUUUUGAUGUAGAGCUGCCCAAAAUUGUAAAAAUCUUGCCCUAGCGCUUUCCUAGAGCUCUAAAUUGGGUUUAUAUUAUGUGCUUUAGACCUGUAUUUACCUUCUCCUUUCAAUAAAAGUGCAUGGUGGCCUGGCGGUGUAGAUUCGGCAGAUACCCUCUUGUCAUGCCCAGCCUUGGUGAGCCAUUUGCUCUCUGACUCAAGGUCGAGAUGUGGUCGUUAGGUCCUCAAUGUAAUCCUGAGACUCCUAUUUACUCUCAGUAAUGUAAAAUGUUUUGAUUUGACACGUUUUUUAAUGGGUUUCAUUCACCUUAAUCUUAAGUUUGCCGUUACUGUAGAUGACUCCGAGUACUAUUACAUCCCUACCUCCCAUUUGGCGUUUCAUACGUCUCAAAUGAGUAUGGUGGGUGCUGUAACGCCUUAAAUUACCUGGUCCAUCAAAUGAAAGCCGUUUUUGGUGGCUAAAAAUCCAUUUGAAAAACGCGGGUUUUUCGUUAAGGUGCAGAUCGGCGAAGUUGCGCCUGCAAACCAUAUGAGACCGUGUCAGCCGGAGUUGAUUCUUUGUUUGAGAGUAACUAAGAGUCUCAGGAUUACAUUGAGGACCUAACGACCACAUCUCGACCUUGAGUCAAAGAGCAAAUGGCUCACCAAGGCUGGGCAUGACAAGAGGGUAUCUGCCGAAUCUACACCGCCAGGCCACCAUGCACUUUUAUUGAAAGGAGAAGGUAAAUACAGGUCUAAAGCACAUAAUAUAAACCCAAUUUAGAGCUCUAGGAAAGCGCUAGGGCAAGAUUUUUACAAUUUUGGGCAGCUCUACAUCAAAAACGGUUUAACGCGUUGAAUCCUCAAAUACAACGAAGAAUUCAACGGAAAACCAUAUAUUAACCUGUAUUCAGGUAUGGGACGUCGAUUACAAUAGGUUUGCGUGGCAUCCGCUGGCGAUAUCAAACGUUUUUUAAGGGGGGUCAAAACUUUUUCCUCGAUUUUUUAAGGUGAUUUUUGAAAAUUGCCCCUAGCUUUUGAAAUUCAACUAUAAGGUAUGUCCUGCUAUGUUAUUUUUUGUUACUAGCCUGUGAGUAUACUACAUACCAAAUUUGGUCCGAAUUAGUACACUUUGGACGGAGUUAGGAGGGGGGUCAAAACAUUGUACGGGGAGUAUAUAAUAUUUUUCCAAAAAUAAACGGUGUUAGUGCCAGAGAUCAUAUACCCAACGUUUUUGCAACCAACGCAGUAUUUUUUAACGAAAAUUUUACUUUUCUGAUCGCUGAGAAGUCUGGCUCCGACUUUGGGCUCGGGAGCCGGAGCCGCACCCAAAAUUUCCGGCUCCGGCUCUGGCUCCCGGCUCGUAGCCGGAGCCGCUCAAAGCCGGAGCCAAGAGCCGGCUCCGGAGCCGCACGUCAAUCCAGCGCAUUUCCUGAACCGUUUCGAAACUUCGUAUCGUUUUCAUUGGUUUUAAAAGAGGGACGAAAUGUCGCGAAAUUAUCGGCACUUUUUCUCGCCCGAAAUAAUUGCUUUUUCUCGAAAAGGAAGAAGAAAGAUAAGAAAAUGCGUUUUAUCGGAUAGUGACAUUUCGUUUUGACGAAUCACCAAAAAGGGGCGGGAAAUUUUUUCUUCUAUUUUGGAUUGACGUGAGCCGUGGCAAUCUCUGGUGGCUGCCCUUCAUUUGGGGCAGCUCGGGUACUGCCCAAUAUCUGUAUCCGUUGUUGCAAAAUUCUUUGACCAGCCAAUGGGUUGAAAUCACAACUAAAUUUUUCAUGGGCAGCCAAAAAAUUGAAUCGCGUAACCAAAGUGUCAAAAUGGCUGUCAAAAGCGUUUUACCGUCAUUAUGUCUGUGAACACAUUCUAACACUUUGGCUCUCCGAUCCAGUUGUUUGCCCACCCACUUAAAAAUUUAGUCAUUUGGUACCCUCGGGAACUUGUUAGACCAGUUGUAAAACCCAAAGCGGAUGUUUCACUUACAGGGGAAGGAGCCCAAGUCCGACGCUCAGAUUUUGGUGAAACUUAGUACGAAUUUAGAAUAUUUUUUUCUAGGACAUAUGCGAGACUCCUAGCUACCUCUUUGCAGAAACAACCAAGACUUUUAGGUCAAAAACCUCGAAAAUAUUUCACACUUUUUUGCGAAUUUUAGCAUGAAAAGUUUCAUUUCUUUUUUCUACUGUAGAUACUAAUCCUUUAAAAAAAUCAUUUUUUUCUGCUCAGAGCUGAAAAAGACACAGCCAAAAAAAAUAUUUUUCUCUCUGACCGCAAUCCACCCUUCGCAUACCCUCUCUCCCGCAAAGAUCGUUGAAUAUCUCGGCUGGGUCUGCAAAGCAAGAGCUAAGACUUUCAGAAAUUGAUAUUCCGCCUACAUGCAUGCCCGAGAUUCGUGCAAAAUUUAAAGAAAAUCUGAGCGUCGCACUAGCCCCCUUCCCUUGUUUAACCAAAAUUUUGAUAAAUUUUGUAACGACUAGCAAGAUUUUUUAUCAACAGAAAAGCCGCCCGUUCUGUUUUGACUGUCACGAGCAUCCCGUUUUAUCUUUCUGCGUUCCACGUGAUACGCCACGAUAAGAUUUUUGUUAUUUUUGAUUUGGAAAGACUAUUUAUUUGAAUCAAUAUUUCAUGUUGCUCUAAAACGAGGUCACUACUUUUCCCUCAAUUCUCAUAUCUUUCAAUUUUGUUUGCUUUUUGGCUGCGUCGCUUUUUAAACCCAAAAAAAAAUCAUUUUUUUCAAAAGCAAAAUUUCCAAAAUUUUGCUUUUUAAUUCCCCGCCCUUGAACUGUUGCCCUUUUUGCACGAAGCAACAGUUCCUCCAACGACCCACAUUUGUGAUAUCGAUCUCUUUUUGGGGUUCUCUCAACGUGGGGGCACAGCAUCUGGGAACUUUCCAGAGGGCCGGUCGGGGGCGCACGUCAAGAAAAAAUAAAAGAAAAACGGGCGCCCAAUGAAAAAGCCUAGAAUUUUUUUUGGCAUUCUGCCGUGUGCAAAUCCGUUUUUGUCCAAAUGGUUUGCAAUAUUUUGACGUAAAGAUUAAUAGUAAAUCACAAGAUAUUGAUACCAAUAGAAAGCUCGAGAGCUGCUUAAGCUAAUAGAAUCAAAAUAUACCCAUAAUCAUAGUAUUUUGACAGUCUUCCAAGGCGAAGAAUACAACGUCUAAAUAAAAGUUUGUAUCGACGAUACCGAUUCAGAGAGCGCUGGAAGGAGGUAUAGACUCCACGUCAAAAAAAUCCUUAAACUGUUCUUCAAGUAUCUACACCGGUCUCGUCCCGCUUGAUGGGACAGUUUUUUUGAUAUUCGGCCUUGAAAUUUGCACUAUUUUUAGCCUAGCUCGAACCAUGUUCAGAAAAUGCGUCACGAUGACACCCAUUUAGAAUGUGCCAGCGGUAUAAAAAAAAGUUGUAUACGACUACUAUAUAGUACUCUCUAGAGUUCCCAUAAAAAAAAUUAGGUUAAACAUUGUUGUUAUGUGCCAUUUGGAUGACAGAUUUUAUGAAUUUUUUUUCGCUGUGAGAACCUUUGCAAUGCCCGAAAUUUCUUGACGUGGGGCGCCACCGAAAAAUUUUUAAUGCAAUGUUGCGUAGAUUCUGGUCGCUAAAAGGCCUGUCCGCGACAGAUUCAACUUUGCGGAGUUUAACGGUUUGUCACUGAACACUGGACGGGGGAAAAGAAGAUUUUGAACUUAAAACAAAAACAAUUUUGGGGCUUCUUUUUAUAAUGAGGGGUUCAAGUGCAAAGCUGAGAUUUUCUUUAAACUUUGCACACAAGUUAGAGAUAGGCCACAUAUCAAUUGCUGAAAGUUUUAGCUCACGCUUUGCAGGGGCAGCCGAGAUAUUGAACAGUCUUUGCUGCCGAGAGAGCACGCAAAAUGCGGAGAGCGGUCAGAGAGAAGAACUCCUUUUGGCCGUAUCUUUGCCAAUUUUACGGGAAAAAAAUGAUUUUUUGGGGGGAAACAUCGCGAUAACAAUGAUGAUUUUUGUGGAUUUUAUUAUAUUUUUUUUUAUUUUCCGGACAUUGAUAGGUAACGAAAAAUUUUCGAAGAUCUGUGGAACCCCAUCUUUCAUUACUUUACAUGUGUUUUUUCGCGAUGUUUACUAUUAAACGGGCAAUAACAGAGAGAAAAUCUGUGUAGCUUGUGAUUUUAUUGGGGGAAGAAAUAUUAUGUUAUAGCUUACAAGGGAAAUACCCCAAGUGAGACGCUCAGGUUUUGAUCAAACUUGGCAUAAAUUAAAAAUAAUUCUUUUUUUUAAUUUAUGGGAGAAUCCUAGCUCGCGCUUUGCGGAAACAACCGAGAUUUUUAAGUCGAAGCUUGGCAAAAAUGCAACAAUUUUUUGCGAAUUUUAGCAUGAAAAGUUUUAUGCUUAUUUCUAUCAUAAAGAGUAAUGUUUCCACAAAAAAUCAAUUUUUUUCUCACGAAGUUAGCAAAGUUAUGGCCAAAAAAGAGUUUUUUCUCUCUGGCGACCUCCGUGUUUCGCGUACUCUCUCGGCCCUGAAAGAUCGUUGAAUAUCUCGGCUGUGCCUGCACAGCGUAAGCUAAAACUUUCAGCAAUUGAUAUGUGGACUAUGCCUGACAUUUGAGAAAAAUCUAAAGGAAAUCUGAGCGCCGGACUUGUGGUACUGUACUUCCCUUAUUAGCGAUGUUUUUUUUUGAAUUCGUGUUUUUUUUUUAUUUUAUUUCAUUUUUUUCACUUUGUAUUAAUUCCGUCCUCCUCUAACCCUCCAUUUUUCAGUGCUCGCCCACCAAACAGUGCAGCCGUUCGUUCCGUCGAGGCUGUAUUUUGCCUCACGGGCAUAGAAUCCGCGAAUUUUUUCCGAACCGCUCAACUCACCAGCCUUUGCGGGCGUAUCAGGUUGGUCCUUUUAUUCAAUAAAACAUAAAAAAAAUCGACCUUUUCGGGGUGACAUCAAAAAAUCAAUCAAGACUUGUGCAUUUUCGGGGGCAACUUGUAGCCUGUGCUAUCGAAUAUUUAGUUUCGAUUUGAGUGUGUAAUACAAAUACUUUCGAAAAAUGAUAAAGAAAUGGCGGCUGACCGAGCGAGAAGGUCGCUUUCAAAGCUAUGCAAAAUUCAUGGUUUUGGAGUGUAAAUAGUGAGUAAUCAACAAAAAUUUUGGGUAAGAAGCAGGUUAAACUUAUAUGUGAGGAACUUCAAACUACAAGUUAUUUUAGAAUUGUUUUACAUAAGUUAUUUUUUUAACAAAAAAAUCUUUUUUUUUUGAAGUUUCAUGAUUGUGAUGCAACUGACAGUAAGUCCUUCGGAAUUUGAAGAAACUCUUUGAAAAGAUGCGACCACAAUUUUUUUAGUCACACACGAAUUUUUUUCAUUCAUAAGGUUUUAGAAACAUAAAAAAAACGUCCGGAAAUUUCGAAAUUCCUAGCCAAGAUUGACCAAAAAUAUAUCGAUGUUUAAUGGCUCGCUCAACAAGUUUUCCCUUUGGUUGGUUUUAAUCUACGCUGACAAGGGUACAGCGCUCAGAUUUUCAUGAAAUUUUGAACACACUUUGGGCAAUGGCCACAUAUCAAUUCCUGAAAAUUUUAGCUCGCGCUUUGCAGGGUUAGCUGAGAUAUUGAACGAUCUUUGUCGCCGAGAGAGUACGCAAAAUGCGGAGAUCGGUCAGAAAAAAGAGCACUUUUUGGCCGUAUCUUUGCCACUUUUGUGGGGAAAACUUGAUUUUUUGUGGAAGCAUCGUCGUCUACGGUAGAAAUAGGCACAAAACUUUUCACGCCAAAAGUCGCAAAAAAUUAUGACAUUUUUCCCAGCUUUCUCGCGAAAAACCUCGGUUGUUUCUGCAAAGCGUGCACCAUAAAUCUCGCAUAUAUCUUACAGGGAAAGUACCCCAAGUGCGACGCUCAGAUUUUGAAAAAACUUCGCACAAAUUUAGAAUAAUUUUUUUUUAAAAUAAUCCUAGCUCGCGCUUUGCAGAAACAACCGAGAUUUUUAGAUCGAAAGUCGGCCAAAAUUUAAGACUUUUAGCCGAAUUUCGGCACGAAGAGUUUCAUGCUUAUUUUGAUUGUGAAGGAUUAUGUUUCUACAAAAAAUCAAAUUUUUCCGCACGAAACUGCCAAAGUUAAGGCCAAAAAGCGCUUUUCUCUCUGACCGCUCUCCACAUUUAGUGUACUCUCUCGGCGGCAAAGUUCGAUAUCUCGGCGGCGCCUGAAAAGCGCGAGCUAAAACUUUCAAGAAUUGGUAUUUAGUCCAUACCCGACGUGUGUGCAAAAUUUUAAAAAAAUCUGAGCGUCGCACUUGGAGUACUUCCCCUGUUAGAAAAAAAAAUCAAUCUAUAUUUGUACCAAAUAUGUUGAACAUUUGGGUGAAUUCUUUUCCUUUGAUUUUUACAACAUUCUCUUCAAAUUUUGACCAAAACUGGCCAAAGUACAUGGGAAUCCCGACCCAUCAAGACGGCAUUAUCUAUUGUUCAUUUCCGCUUUCCAUUUGGCAUGCACUCCCUCGAACUGAACACCACACACACGCCGCUUGUCCACUUUUGCUGAUGACACAAAAAUUUCAGAGAUAAAAACCAGCCCCAGCCCAAAAACUUUCUCCGUUUCUCCCCGUUUGGUACGCAUCGGCGCGAAUAGAGACGAUCGAAGAAGAGGAGGGGGCGCUCUUCUCCUGUGCUUCCCAAAUCGAUUCUUCCGAACACUCCGGCAGAGAGAGUGGGGGGAUCUCGACGCCCGACUUCCCGACGGCCUUCUGGAAUGGAGAUCUAGUACUCAGCGUGCGACGCCAACGGCUGAGUCCGCAACACCGCAUUAAGUGGAACUUUUUUGGGGACAAUCGGAGACGAGUCGGUGAGUUUGGGUUUUGGCGGCGGAUCAGUGAUGAUUUUUGGGGGACAUUGAAUGAUUUUGAAUAAAUUUGGACUUUAAUCAAUCUUCAUCUUAAUUUUUAUCAGUCUGUCGGGAAAAUAAUGUCACAAUCUCUCAUCGAAAAUUGCAUUGCCGCCGAGAAAAUGAAUUGUGUCGCGGUAAAGUUAAAUUGUUUUUUUAACUUCAGUGGCGCGACCGGCGCAGCGACAUUGUGCUCAUUAUUUUCCCGACAGACUGAUAAGCCAAUUCUUUUUUGGGGAUUUUUUUGGCCAAGUUCUUUGUUGCAAAUUUGAUGAUUUUUUGGUGGUUAUUUUUAUUGUAAACACGCUAAAAGGAAAGGACCGUAAGAGCGACGCCCAGGUCUUUUAUUAAAUUUUGCACACACCUCAGGCAUUGACUACUUAUAAAUUUUUGGAAAUUCCACUAUUCGCGAAGAGCGGUUAGAGAUAAAAACACUUUUCGGUAAUAUCUUUGCCAGUUUUGCGCAGAAAAAAGUUUAUUUUUGGUGAAAACAUUAUCCUCUACGAUAGAACUUGGCAGGAAGCUUUUGAUGCCAAAAUGCGGUAAAAACUGUCCCAUAUUUUCAAGGUGAUUUCUGUAAAGCUCGAGCUGGAAGGCCUGUAAAUGUCAUACUAGUCCUUCCGGAAAGUCGCCGGACGGAAAUCGGCGACAUGCACUCCGCGAAAACGAAAGUUCACUUUGCACUGUGCAAUUUCUUGCUUUUCGCACCGUGCAAUAACCUUUUUUCGGGUGUCGCUCGCACCCUGACUUUUUUCGCACAGUGCAUGUCGCCCAUUUCCGUCCGGCGACUUUCCGGAAGGACUAGUAGAACCAAGUUUCAUCAAUAUCUGAGCGUCGCCCUUGGGCUAUUUCUUUUUACCAAGUUUAUACUCCUUUUUUGGCUUUGCAAUUGCUCUAAAAGUCCUCACGGGUACCAGAUGACUCCUGCGGUCAGAGAUAAAAACACUAUAAUGUUAUUUGUUUAUUUUUCGAUAUGGAAACUUGACCUCUUCAAAAAAUCUAUUUUUUCGAUUUCAACUACAGUCUCUUUCAAGAAACGUGAAGGAAAGUAGAAGGCUAUAACUUUCGGCGGAGGCGGCGCAGAGAGUUCCUUUUUGGAAUAGGUAUUUUUAAGCGACAUUAUUUUUUGCCAACGAAAUAACAAGACUUUUAAGUGCAAACUGAGGUCCCUACAACCUUUUAAAAAAGGGUUCUUUUACCCCGGAAACCAUUGUUUUUUCUGACGCUUUGGCUAGCCAACCAGUUUUUGCUAGCCUCCUACUUUCCUUCACGUUUCAUCCUAAAUUCACUACUAGUAUUUUCAAAAAAAAAUUCUUCAUUUUCAAUGGUAAUUAAGCCUUCUUGCGGUCCAAAUUCCGUCCACACCGGACCUUCUUUUCGACCCGAUUGACCCUUUUGUAUAAGAGUGCCCCCACAAAACAGAAUUUUUUUCUGCUCCGUCCACAGAUAAAGCCCCCAAAAUGAUAUUGCAGAAGGGGUGUAGGGUCAGACGUAAAACGGGAGAAUCUUAACAAAAAGCACUGAUCUGCUGAUUUGGAGAAGAACGCGGCGGACGCGCGAUUCCACUGUGUUGAUCAACAGGGGGGAUUCGUUGCAGAGAGCGCGCCGCUUUUUUGUCGCAUUCGCCGCUUUCGGGGCUUGAUAUCUGCGGUUCGCUGGGGGCAGGGGGUGAAUGUUAUCGCGGUCCGCGUUUUCCAUCUAAUCUUUUUUUGGGGGUUUCGAAAUUUUUGCAACGUCUGAUGACUGGCGGAAGGGUGAUUUUUGGAGGGUUUUUUGAUGGGCGAAUGAACGUGCAAGUGGCGGAAAUCGAUGACAAUUUUUUUUGAGAUUUUUAAUUGAAGGGAGUUUUUCAAGGUUCUCGAGUUUUUCACAUUUUUUUUUUGAUUUUUUUAAAUGAAGAAAUACUCAGAAUGCAAUGUCCACAAUUUCUUUAUCACUCUGCCGUGAAAAUAAUGAGCACAAUGUCGCUGCGCCGAUCGGGUCGCUGAAGGAAAAGCGCUGUGAUUUUGCCGCGACAAUUCAUUUUCUGGAUGCGACAGAGUGUCACUAUUUUUCAGGCUAACUGAUAACGUUGCAUGACCGGCCCCUCUGGUCUACCAAUCAAUUAUUUAAAAGUUCAAUUGUUGCUUUUCUCUUCUUGCAGAAGGCAGAGAAUGGGAAUGAAGAAGAAACGGUCUGAGAAAAAGGGUGUUUUGGGAAAGAAUUAUUUUUUUUGUAUAAUUGUAUUCUUCCAUAUUCUGAAAGGAAAAGUAGCUCCUACAUCAUAAAAAUGUCCAAAACAAUGAUGAUUUAUGUUUUGCAACCUAUCUGCAUCGAAAUCUCUGCGUUUCUGCAAAGCCUUGGCUGAAAAUCUGGCAUGUGGCGAGCCCGGUAUUAGUCUGUCGGAAAAUUAAUGAUCGCAAUGUCGCUGCACCAAUCGCGUCACCUAAGUGAAAAGCAAUUUGAUUUUUCCGCGACACAAUUCAUUUUCCCGCCGGCGAGGCGAUUUUCGAUGCGACAGAGUGCUCAUUAUUUUUCCGACGGACUGAUAAGGAAGCGGAAAGAUAAUUUUGUCGGCAAAUUUAAAUUGAAUCUUGUAUGUUUACGCAAAACGAGGAGUUAAAAUUCAUCAUGUUUGUCUUGGAAGCCCAUAGUAUUACACCGUGCCAAGUUUAAAACAAAAAUAGGUUGGCCUAGAGCACCUAAUCGUAAGGAAGAUUGCGAGAAACGAAGAUUUUUCGGCGCAAAAAUCGCGGUGUAUUUCGAUCUAUCAGUCUGUCGGGAAAAUAACGGCGGAUCUUCGCGCCUCGAAAUCGCCAAUCAUCGCUGUGCGACUGCAAGCCGCGGCUUGGGAUUUGGUGCGCGACAGCGGCGAGGCGAGACAUUUCGCUGCGACAAUCCGCCGUUAUUUUUCCGACAGACUGAUAAAAGCCUCUCACAGACAUCUAGACAAGCCUUAUUCUUGACUUUUGCCAAAUUUCAUCAGAAUCUGUUCCUCGCUUUUCGAGAACUCCCCUUAUGAACCAAUUUUCCCUCCUCCGACGAUCCUGAUCGUUCGUUUUUGCCGCGAAUCUGCAUUUUCUCAUCCCACGCCUUGCAGAUUGUCCAGCCUUCAAGACCCAACUCAAAACGGCUUAG